AUGCGGCACACGUCCAGAUUGAGGACGCUCGUGCGUUCUCCUCGGGUAGGACAGACACGACACUAUGCCGCCGCCGCCCAAGGAUCUACCAUACAGCUACAAAAUCAUCCAGCCCCUCAUUCUGGAACAAUCCGCGUGUUGCUGCUCGACAGGCCAGAAUCACGCAACGCCCUUUCAAAGCAGUUGGUUACAGACUUGAGGCGUCAUGUGGACGAAAUUAAAGCCGAAGGUGGUACAGGAGGAACAAGAGCUCUGAUUGUGGCCAGCAACGUCGACAAAGCGUUUUGCGCAGGUGCUGAUCUCAAGGAGAGGAGAGGCAUGUCCCAGGCGGACGUCGGUGCCUUUUUGACUCACCUGCGAUCCACGUUCACCGAGCUUGCGAAUCUCCCAGUACCUACCAUCUCGGCCAUAUCCUCGACCGCGUUGGGAGGCGGUCUCGAGCUUGGACUUUGUACCACCCUCCGUGUCUUUGGCUCAACGGCCCUUGUGGGUCUUCCAGAAACAAGAUUGGCAAUCAUCCCGGGCGCAGGUGGCACCUACCGUCUUCCACCCUUGAUUGGAGUCAACCGAGCAAGAGAUCUCAUCUUAACAGGUCGAAGAGUCACAGGUGCUGAGGCAUACUUCCUUGGGCUGUGCGACCGUCUUGUUGAAGUAACGUCCGAAGAAGCGAAGAAGGAGGGAGUGGCGCGUGAGAAGGUCCUUGAUGCCAGCCUGCAGUUGGCGAGAGACAUCUGCGAGGGUGGACCGGUGGCGUUGAAGGCGGCAAUGCAGGCCAUCGAAGGCUGGCCAAAGGGCGAAGCCUCGGAGAAUGCUGCCUAUGACAUGAUUCUGCAGACAGAGGACCGCGUUGAGGCUCUGCGGGCCUUUGCAGAGAAGCGCAAACCUGCAUUCAAGGGUCGAUAG